AUGCGGCUGGCACGCGCCAAGGGCGAAGGGGGCAAAUCUUGGCGCGUGGCUCCGGCCGCAUCCGACGUUCCAGGUUCCUUCCUGGCUCCCCGGGAAGCCCACCCGAUCGAGGUCCUUUGGAUGGGCAGCAGCACCCUGAAGUUGGAGCCAAGGGGCGCGCCUGGAAAAGGAUUGGUUUUCGAGCGAGGAGAAUCCUCGUUGGUAGAUGGCAUGCGGGGAUUCGUCGACGCUGUCUGGGAUAUCGUGCCCAGCCGAGAGGCGCGUGGGUUGUUGUUGGAGCUGUGCAACCUGAAGUGGUCCAAGAAACGGGAGUUGGCAGCCGACAACAUCCCUCUCUACCUGUUUGAUGAUGCCCUGGAGGAUUGGCUGUGGAGGAGGGUGAACCCCGACUCUCAUGAACACUUCGCCAAUCUUCCAGACCAUACGGAGUUUCAUAGCUUCCGCGAGCUACCCCAAGAAGCACACCCGGAUCCCGACUACUACGAGAUUGUCGGGCGGAACAGUCUGCUGUCACGGCGUCACUUGGUGCUUCCUAGCCGAGCUGUCGAUGUCUGGACCUUCCCUCGACCUCGCCUGCCCGCUUGCUUUCGACACAAAGGCUCGGGUCUUGGAGCCAACUCGCCCAUCUAG